CUAAAACCCUUUCAUUUUCGAUUUGGAUAUCGAUCGGUUCCUCUUCGUAGUCGCCCAAAGAGUGAGGAAGAAAAAUGAAGGUGAGGUCAUCUGUGAAGAAGUUGUGUGAGUUUUGUAAGACGGUGAAACGCCGCCGUCGUGUUUAUGUUAUAUGUUCGUCCAAUCCUAAGCACAAGCAAAGGCAGGGAUUCUCCUCCAUUGCUCAUGAUGGAAUCAUACCUCCUCCCUUGUUUUCAGAGUCGGUUGCUAAUCAGGAGGUGGUGAGGCUUCCUGGUCAGGGAGUAUCAGCAGGUCUCGCAUCGCUUUUACACAAAAGGCCUGAGCCAGCAGCGGUUUUUGGAUGGAGGUCUGGUCUUGCAUCCAUUCUCUUCAAGCAAGGGAAUUAGCAAGUUAAACCAUCAAUUUCGUAUUUGAUUUUCUCGAAUUGUAAUCGCAGUUUAUUAACACUUUAUUUACUUCGGUCAAUCGUAGGCUCUUCUAUACUCACUUGAUUUGUGCCUUAUUUGACCUGAAUAAAGAGGUAUUUGAAACUUCCGAGUACUUUCUUUUUUAGAUUUCCUGAUGAAACAUAUGUUGCCUUCAUACAUUUUAUGAUAGAAUUUUUUAUUAAUAAUACACCGGUCGUGGUCAUUUGGAC